AUGCCCGUUACAACGCCAGAUGCAACUGUCAUACAAGCAGACCUUCUUAUACCAGGUCGCAGUGAGCCUCUCAGGCCGGGGACCGUAGUCAUAGCCGAAUCCAAGAUCAAGUUCGUUGGCAGCCCUGACAAAGUUCCUGCCGAGUACCGCUCAAUCACUCCACUCCAUGUUCCCGCCCUAAUGCCCGGUCUCUGGGACUGUCAUGUCCACUACUUUGGAAUGGAGAUGGAUACCAGCGUUUUUGGUAGCAUGGCCAAAUAUCUUCCCGGAUACAAAGCAUUGGCUGGCGCAAUCACAGUGGCAGACCUUGAAGCUACGUUGAUGGCCGGCUUCACUUCCGUCAGAGAGCUACAAGGUUACGGCGGCGACCUUUGGCCAGGAAUUGAGAGCGGCUUCCUUGUCGGACCCAACGUCUAUUCCUCCAUUGCAGCCAUGUCGGUGACUGGUGGUCACGGCGACUCUCACAGCAUUCCCCUUGAUACGGUACUGCAGUAUGUAAGCUGCGGCGGUCCGUGUUCUAUCGUGGAUGGGCCGGAUGAGUGUCAGAAGGAGGUGAGAAAGCUGAUACGUCGAGGAGCUCAGGUGAUCAAAAUUUGUUCCAGUGGUGGAGUAUUAAGUCUGAAAGACGACCCGGAGGACAGACAGUUCUCUAAUGCUGAAUUGAGAGCUAUCGUAGAGGAAGCUGGCCUUUCCCGUCGCGUGGUGGCGGCCCACGCUAUCGGGAAGGCUAGUAUCGUGGCCAGUCUUCGUGCUGGCGUGAAGACGAUUGAACACGGGUUUUACCUGGAUGAGGAGGUUGCGGACGAAAUGAUUAAGCAGAAGGCCAUUCUUGUACCGACUCACCACAUUAUAGAGACUAUCGGUGCUCACCCGGAUGAACUGCCACCGGCAUCCAAAACGAAGGCAUUGAAGUUAGUUGGAACAGCAAGGGAAUCCUACAAAUUGGCUAUCCAAAAAGGAGUGAAAAUUGCCCUCGGAACCGACGCUAUGAGCAGCGACCGCAAGAAACCCCAGUCGCACGGCAACAAUGCCCGAGAACUCUACUGGGCGGUAAAGAGGGGUAUGACACCGCUCCAAGCGAUCGAGGCAUGCACAGCAAAUGGCCCCGAGACCCUUGGUGGCAUGGCACCGCUUAGCGGACAGAUCAAAGAGGGAUAUGAUGCGGAUCUGAUAGCAGUUGCAAGCAGCCCUCUGGAUGACAUUGAGGUUCUGACUGUGAAGGAGAACAUUACACAUGUUUGGAAAGGUGGUAAACUCUUUAAAGGCGAGACGACCCGUAGAUAG